AUGUGGCUCUUGGUCACUUUUGGGACCACAGAAUUCUUUCUUUUGGCAGCAAUGGCCUAUGACCGCUAUGUAGCAAUCUACAACCCACUUCUGUAUUCAGUUAACAUGUCACCCAGAGUCUACAUGCCACUCAUCACAGCUUCUUAUGCUGGUGGGAUAUUGAAUGCUACUUUACACACAGUGGCAACUUUCAGCCUCUCCUUCUGUGCAUCCAAUGAAAUUAGACAUGUCUUUUGUGAUAUCCCCCCACUCCUUGCUAUCUCCUGUUCUGACACACACAUCAACGAGCUUCUACUCUUCUAUGUUGUGGGUUGUAUUGAGGUAUUCACUGUCCUGAUUGUCCUGGUCUCUUAUGCUUUCAUUUUGGUGGCCAUUCUGAGGAUACGUUCUGCUGAAGGGAGGCGAAAAGUGUUUUCCACAUGUGGCUCUCACCUAACUGGAGUGUCAAUUUAUCAUGGGACAAUCCUCUUCAUGUAUAUGAGGCCAAGUUCCAGCUACACUUUGGCCCAUGACAUGAUAGUGUCUGUAUUUUAUGCCAUUGUCAUUCCCAUGCUCAAUCCCAUCAUCUACAGCUUGAGGAACAAAGAUGUAAAAGAAGCAAUGAAAAAACUCUUUGAGAGAAUUUGGUCCAUGAAUAAAGUAUAUUUUUAG